CUGUUCGACAGAUGUAUAUAUACAUUUUUCUUAUAAAUAAGUGGGUUUAGUGGCGCACUGUUCCCGCCUCAAAGCAAUAACGUGCGAUGUAAUCGAUCUAAGUUGAACAAAGCAAUUUCCUGUUGCACAUGGUGUUCCUGGUCAGGUGGAGCAGGUAUAAUCCCUAUUAUCUGGAUCCAGAAGUCAGGAAGGAUGUGUACAGCAAAACAGAGACAGAGCUGACAGCUGAGGAGAAAGAGCAGCAGCAGCUUAAAGCAAUCAGACCCAUCAAGGCAGCGACCAAUUCAGUCACCAGCUCAGUUUUUGACGACCCAGUUCUAAGUAAAUUCAUCAAUAUGAUGAUGAAAAAUGGGAACAAGAUUCUGGCGAGAGAGAUUAUGACACAAACCCUAGAGGAGAUGAAGAGGAAACAGGUGGAGAAAUACCACAAGGCUGCUGAGGGGAAGAAGGAGGAGAUCGAGUGUAACCCGUACACCAUCUUUCACCAAGCUCUGGAGAAUUGUAAGCCAGUUGUUGGAGUGAUCAGUUUAAAAAAAGGUGGAAGGUAUUAUCAGGUUCCUACCCCGCUGUCAGACAACCGGCGUCGCUUCCUGGCUAUGAAGUGGCUGCUCACGGAGUGCAGGGACAACAAACACAGACGCACACAAAUGCAUGAAAAGCUUUCCCAGGAACUGAUGGCAGCUUACAUCAUGGAGGGCAACGCCAUCAAGAAGAAACAUGAGAUGCAUAAGGUUGCUGAAGCCAACAGAGCCUUCGCCCACUUUCGCUGGUGGUAGAAAUGCAUUCCUUAAGACUGAAAAUACAGUCACGGGACACCUGAAGACAAUGGAUCUUAAAACCUGACUGUAAAUAGUUAAUACCGUGUACAUCUUUUGGUGGAAGGAUUGCGGACCGGACAAUGCACCACACAUGGACUAUUGUUGAAGAAUUUGCUUGGAAAAACUGGGGCGUGUAGAAAAGACACUUUUGUUGUUUUGAUGAAAGACAUGAGACUGAAACAGGAUCAAGUUCCAGAGAUUUAUUACAACACGUAUUUGCAUUCAAUGUAAAAACAACCACAAAUAAAGGAAAUUAAUGAUAUAACAAUGUUCCAACUAA